AUGGCGACAAAAGCAACGGCAGACGAUUGGAAAAUCAUGGCCGACACCUACAAACGCCUGACAGAAGACACCAGCAUAAAACCCAUCGGGCUCAUGCUGGAGCAGCUCAACGCCCGUGUCCCCUUUUCGCAGGCUUCCGGGAUUCUGGAUAGUGGCUGUGGGCCUGCGCCUAUUAUGGCUCGUGCCAUUGCUGAAUACGGGUCUAGAAUUCUCCCUUCCUGUGCCCUGACUUGUUCGGAUUACGCUCCCGCCAUGAUUGACCAGGUCCGGCGGAGCCAAACGAGGUUUUUACAAGAGGAUCCGGAGUCGUUGUGGGGUCGGGUUAGAGCUGAGGUGCUCGACGCGAUGGAUUUGAGCUCUAUUCGGGAUGACGCAAUGAGUCAUGUUGCCGCUGGGUGGGUGUUCUUCACGACAAAAGACCCCCAAAAAUGUCUGAGCGAGUGUCAGCGCGUCUUGCGACCGGAUGGUGUCGUCGCUGUUUCUUCCUGGGAAGAGACCGAAUGGCUGAAGAUUAUGAAGCCCCUCAAGCAAAUUGACCCUGGUAUCAGUCCCCCGUCGAUGCGACAGGGCUGGGAGACGGUGCUGGGACUGCACGGACAGCUGGAACAGGCUAGGUUUCGCCGUGUGGAAGUGUACCAGGUCCCGACAGAGGUGGCGUUUGAGUCUUAUAGCACUUUCGUUGAGUUGCUGUUGACGAAGAUGCCGCAUAUGGUGACAUUGAUAAGGAACUUCUCGGACGAGCAGAGGGAACAACUGAGGGAGUUGAUGAUUGACGAGAUGCGACGGCUGUCGCUAGCGGAGCCGGGUGCGCUGAAGGGGGUUGCUUUGAUAGCUAUUGGACAGAAAUAA